UACAUAAAAAGUUGGUACAGGAACAAAGAGGUAACUCAGACUCUCAGAGGCAUUUAAAUUGAUCGUUCAGAAUUCAUAUACCUCAAUCUCUCUCUCAACGAAUCUGUAACAAACCCCGAAUUUCCAUAUCCUACGGUCAAAAUAAACCCGCUCUCCAAAUCUAAACGGUGGAGAUCACACCACACGCUCACACACUCAUUUAUGCACUCAUCAUACAUAAAUACACAUAUAUACAUGCUCUCAUGGCGUCGUCGUUAUCGUCUUGAUAGUUUUCUCUUUCUUCAAAAAUUCUUCUGCGUGUUGUUGUGUGUAUGUGUGUGUGUGUCUGUCUAGAGUUUAAUCUUUUUGGAAAAUAUUUUUCCAUUUUGUUUGGGAUCUUGAAUGUUUUGAAGAUCGGAUCAAGUGUUAUUUGAAGUUGAAUCUAGCUAGCUCCUUGUAUCUCUCUCUACCAGGUACAUAGAAUUCGGCAUUUUUGACUGAUAAAUUAAUCGAGGUUUUCGUUAUCGUUGAUUCUUCUUUUUCUUUUGCAGGUGACAAGGAAUUUGUUUUUUGGAAGAGAAAAAGGAAGAAUCGCAGUGAUAUAAGGAGGUUUUUUCAACAAAAUCAAAUCGUAAAUAGAGGAACGUAAUGUGAAAUGUUUUGAUCAAGACCAAUCGAAACUGAAAAUCAAUCGAUCAAAAUGUCAUCCUCAAAUUCUCCUUGCGCUGCGUGUAAAUUCUUACGUCGGAAAUGCACUCAAGAAUGCGUGUUUGCCCCGUAUUUCCCGCCGGAUCAGCCUGUGAAAUUCGCGAAUGUACACAAAGUCUUCGGAGCAAGCAAUGUCGCUAAAAUCCUCAACGAGCUCAACGCUACCCAAAGAGAAGACGCCGUGAAUUCAUUAGCAUAUGAGGCGGAGGCGCGUCUCCGGGAUCCUGUUUACGGUUGCGUCGGAUUAAUCUCCAUCCUCCAGACACGAUUGAAACAAGUCCAGACCGAUUUACUAAUCGCGAAACAGGAAUUGUGUACUUACAUCGGUGGACAGUCUCCGGCGAUGCUGCCGUGUUUAAACCCAGGGUUUAUACAACAAUAUCAGAAUAUGCUACCGUCGCCGGCGACAGUGGCGGCGAUGGCGUCGGGAGGACCUGGUAUGCAUCCUAACCUUCAGCAGAUGUUGACGCUUCAAGGUCCAGGAAAUCUCCGAGAAGCUCAUCAUCAACAACAACAGUUAUAUGAAGCUCAUGAACGUCAAAUGGUUGAAGCUGCUGCUAGAGAACAGGAGAUGUUAAGAAAUUUAGUGCAUCAACAACGUGUACAACAACAACAAUUACAACAGCAACAUCAAUCGACAGAUUUGAUGAGGUUUAACUCCGGUUUUGAUGCUGCCGGACCUUCUGGACAGCCGGCGGUGAAUCCGAACGGAUAUACGCAGUUAACCGGUCCGGCGACCAUGUCUCCGUCGUUAGCUCUCGGUGGCGCUUAUGACAAUAACAUGUAUCAGAUCCAGCAACAGCACCACCGGCAGCCGCAGCCGGAGCAUGAACAGCAUCAUCAACUACAGCACCAGAACCACCAACAACCACCGCAUGAACACCAUCAACAACUACAGCUCCUCCCUCAUCACCUCAUGCUUCAACACCAACCUCAGCCACAAUCACAACCACCGCAACAACCAGCGGCGCAACCGCAUCAUGGAGACGGAAGCGAGGAGGGUGGUCCGUCGUGCUGACGUGGAAAAUCAGAUAUUUUUUCAUUCAAUCGUACGCCAGCAAUCAUUCUUGUUCUCUCACACGGGAUUAUAAACGUACAAAGUCAAAGGAGAGGGUUUGACCGAGAGAUAGUAUUAUUUUUUUUUUCUGCAAUUUAGUAUUUUAGGUGAUUUGGACAUAAAGAUUUUGACUGCAUCAUGGGGAUUUUAAAAGGGGUAGCGUAUUGAGUAGAAAUUCUGAAUACAUUUUUUUUUUUUUAGAAUAUGACUCUUUUAGUCUUUGCUUUGGUUUCUACAAUUCAACAAUUAAUUCUAGGUUUUCUCAUUUCCUUCGAAUAUACACAAAGGAAGUGAGGGGCUCAACUUGUUCAUGUAGUUUAAAAAAAAAAAAAAGGAAAUUUUAUUGGUCAUAUAACUAAACAGCCGACAUCUUCCAUUUUUAUUUUAUUUUUUUAAUAGAGUUUGAUGAAUAGUUGUUUCUCUUGUAUUUAUAUGCCUAGUAUAAAUACACAAUAAAUAUUAACAGUGAUACAAUUGUAUUUUUAUGGU